CUGGCUGAGUGCGUUGGUGCGCGGCUCCUGCUGCCGCCAACAUUAUCGCAACGGUCACGACGGCUGCCGAAGGCCGUACAGGAGAAAGGAAGAUAAUCUUUCUUGUUGUGGGCGUGGGUGGCGGCGGCCAGGUGCGACCUGAGGGAUGAUUAUCCAAGCAGGAAAUGCUGUGGCAGCAUGGAUUUACCUCUGGAUGACCUUCCAGCUUGGCUUCUACGAGUCGACGGACCUCCUCCCGCGAGGACCCCGGUUACCGCCCAAGCACGAGGCUAGGUACCUCACGGCGUUUGAGGAGCUCAUGCUGAGGUGGAAGGACAGUGAUGUGGAGUUUUUUGUGCCGCAGCUUGCGGCGGUAUUGAUGUCCAAGGGGGUUCCUUCUAGGAACGUGCAUAUUACACAAUUAGUAGUGGGGAGACUGUCGGCGAACUUGCAGCAGCGGUGCUUCGGCAACAUAGGCCUCGCUGUCCAGAUGAUGUGGCAGUUCGAGGCGGUGGGGCGACGGCCCCAGGAGGAUGGGCCAUCUUGGAACGCCUUCAAAAAUAGUUACGUUCUAGCUGCCUUGAAUGGAGACAACCUUCCGGAGCAGCUGAGGAUGCAGCGGCGGGCUUAUUGCGCCGACUCGAUGGCCUUCGUGGACACGCUUAUGGACAUCGGCGAUUCGCUCAAGAAGUUACCCAUCAAGCGUCGAUUAAGCGCUUUGGACAACGAGCUCGGGAGGGUAAACCGUAUGCUCCUGCGGAGAAUGCAGACCAGGGGGGCGAGCUUCGAGAUCCCGGGGGAUACGGUGGCAGGAGGAGGCGGGGGCGGGGGCGGCGGCGGCGGCGGUCGGGAGUGGCUGAACGAGCACGACGUGGCGGCGGUGUGUCCGGAGGUGUCCCACCACGCGAUACACCUGCCGAUAAAGGUUUUGAAGCCCGGACAGCCGGCGGCGACGCGUGCCGUGAGGGUGCUGCGGCUCUGCCGGGAGCUGUGCCGAGUGCUCCCCAGCAAGGAAAAGGCGCCGUACCUGGUGGUUGCCGAGGUCUUGCAGACGUCCUUCAGCUACGCGUCGGAUCGCCUGUAUCUGGAGGGGGGCAGUGCGGGGGUGACCUGCGAGGACGUGGUCAAUAAGAAGACCUUACCCCAAGCCCUGCAGGAGGAGCUGUUGAGGUCGAGGGGGCAGGACGUGUGGGAAGAUCAGAACCAAGACGAGGCAUCAUCGCAGUCGUACCAGCUGGAGCUGGAGGAAGCGGACUGUUUGUUCUUCGACAGGGCGACGAACCAAUACCUCACCUCCGGGGACCCCAGCAGCCCGCAUAUCAAGAACAUGCGGGAAGCUCUGCAGGUGUUUGGCACCACGAGCGCUGCCCUGGAGCGCAUGGUGCGACAUCAGAGUCCGUUUGGGCAUCUCAAGGGCUGGAAGCUGGCGCACUUUAUUGUCAAGUCCGGGGACGACUUCAGGAUGGAGGCCUUGGCCAUGCAGGUGAUCAGACUAGUCGACAGCAUCUUCAAGCGGGAAGGGCUCAGCUUGAGGUUGAGACCGUACUCUAUCUUGUGCUGCGGGGAAAUGAAGGGGCUGGUGGAGUGCGUUACGGACGCCAAGAGCAUCGACCACAUCAAGAAGCUCACAGCGAAGAGCGGGGGGAUACGGACGUUCUUCGAGCGCAUGUACAUGGGCAAGACGUCGGGGCUCUACGGGAGAGCUGUCGACAAUUUCGUCAGAAGUCUAGCCGGUUACGCGAUCGUUACCUACAUGCUGCAGGUGAAGGAUAGACACAACGCCAACAUCAUGCUGGACACCAGGGGGCACAUUAUCCACAUCGAUUUCGGCUAUAUCCUUGGUUCUUCUCCAGGGUGGUGGAACCACGAGUCGGCUCCGUUCAAGUUCACGCAAGACUACAUGGAGAUCAUGGGAGGACCUGGAAGUGACAAGUAUGAGAGGUUCCGCGAGUUGUUCCUCACGGGGUUCAAGGCGGUGCAGCGGCAUAUGCGGGAAAUCGAGACAUUGAUUUGGCCGAUGUUCCCCUCCUCCGAUCACAGAAUGACCACUCAGCAAAUACUGUUCCGAAAACGGUUCAUGGACUUCCAGACGGACGACGAGAUCAUGCGUCUGGUGGAUGAUUCCGUCAGGUCGUGGACCACCGGGCAGUACGACGACUUCCAGCAGAAAACCAAUGGAUACCUCAAGUAGACCGGGCGGCUAACCCGCUGGAGGGGGGAGGCAACGGCUCUCUUGGCCAACGGCAACGGCUCUCCUGUUCAAGUAUCAAAGGAUCAACGAACAGUCAUGGUAGCUGCAGGUACGGGGGAAGUCAGCGGUUACGUUUUUUGUGGGGUCCACAUGGGGUGCACGCGAACCAUGUUGUGAUUUCACCCAGCAUGGGAAGUAGUUCAUUCUUGGCAUUAGAGCCGAACCUUUGUAGUUCUAUAAACCUUGGUCUUUGUUCGCUGGGAAUAAAUCGGCCCAUUGGUUCGUUUUGAUCGUCGAGGUAGUUCGCCAAGUUGGUUCCGAGUCCGGUACUACAGACUGUUCGGAGUUUACAAGUACCAUGGUAUGUGGGUUGGGUUGUGACGGGUGGGCUAUGAAGGGCCCUCGAUUGCCAAGCCGGAAGCCUCGUUCAUUGCGUUGCAGGUAUGUACUGUACAGAUAGAUGAUCGACGAUCUCCCUCCCGACAUGCUGAGAGUGCCGUUGUUCGUGGCUACCCUCUCUUGACUUUGUGCAAGUUUCAUCGAGCAUCAUCGUCCAACCGUGGGCAGCUUGGGAAUGCAAUGUCGUGGGGAUGUGUGUCUUUGUAAGGAAAGGAGGAUACGGCCGGAGGUUGUUCCGGCCCUGCUGUGUUUGAGUGCUUUCAAGCCCGGCAUGAAGCGAAUCAAUCUGUGCCACGAGUCGACACAACAACACCACACUUGAGGUGGACUGCCUGUUCGGGUUAGUGUACGCCUGCUUCAUUCACGGGAAUCGCGUUCGCGAAGAAGGCGGGUCAAGUUGAGGGGGCCAAGCGGUAGCCAAGGUUAUGACCUUUCCACAGAUUUUCACGAUGAUCUUGAUUUAGCGCAAGCAGAAGUUACGGUGAUCAGCCCCGGAUGCGGACAUGAUAUAUGUAUGAAUGCUUUCGUCCCUUGUAACGUGCUGCGCCAGGACCAUCGACCAUUUUGGUCCUACAACAAUACUGAACCCCCUCCUCGUGAGACGGUUUUUCUGUCAGGU